AACAAAUGUCUGCUAUCAAACCUUUAAUUUUGCAAUAUUUAAACAAACAAUGACAUUAUUAGUGUUGUGCAGUUUAGAAAAUGUGUUUAAUUUGUGUACUAACAGGUGUUCUGGCCCGGUAGCGUCUCAAGAGCAACAGUUGCGUACGAAAUGCCGUCCGAUGAAUUGUGUCGGUGUGAGAACAAAUUGUUAACAGUGGCGAAUCAAUCAUAAUUAUAAUAAUAAUUAAUUAAUCGAAUCGAAUCAAAUAAUUAUUAGUGCAGUGUGUGAAAGUAUUUAAUUGUAUAUAAAAUAUUGGUUUUGUGACUUCGAAAUCGGACGAGAAAAAUGAGUGGGAAAAUCAACAGCGGAGACGCCGAUAAAAGGAAAUCCAGAGUGGUUGCAUAUUGGGGCUACGACCCUCCGCCGCCUCCUCCACCAUUACCACCAAUGAUGGGCGACUUUGUUGAUGGUACAAAAAGAAAAAGUGGUAACAAUUCGGGAGUAAUACAGAUUUUGGAUAAUACCAUUACCAGUACGAGUACCGAUGACCACAGAGGAGACGAACUUGUAACCGCCUUUAAUAAUGAUGAAGAUGAACAGAUUCUAACAACAACAGUAAUAGACACAAGCAAAGACAGCGUCUCAGUGAUACGACAAAGUGACACAUUAGAACGAAAAUCAAAUAUUCCCUCCAAAAACACAAACACUGCCGAAAAAUCCAAAAAACCCUCACGAAAUUCGUCUAACCUGGAUGAAAAACUAAGAAACAACCACCAAAAAUCCAACAGAUAUUCAGAAGGAGUCCUGUACGAUAAAAACAGCCUAGACAGAAGCACCCUGGAUAAAAAUAGAGACAGCAAAAACUUUCCUGGUGAUGGUCAGAAAAGAACCAGCAAACAUUUUGGUGGCAGUUUAGAACGAACAAACAUCGUCCAUAUACCACGAGUAUCGACUUUAGAUAACCCAAAAAGUAGGAACUCGUCAUCGACCUUGGAAAAACAAGGUAAAGAUAGACUCCCUAGUAGUUCCAAUUCAAGACAAAGAAAUUCUGGAAGCAGCAUUUCUUUUAACACAUUAGAAAAUCCAGAUUCGAAACGAUCUAGUCAACAAACAAAUUAUUCCAACAGAAAUUCUACGGAGGUGUCGAAGCAAAGGUUAUCAGCUGGUACUGAUACUGUAGAUUGUCCUGGUAAAAAUUUAGUAAAUGAUAGAUUAGGUGUUGAAACGUUGAAAAGACGUUCUGAAGGCAACUAUGAUAAACCAGCACAACCAAACAAGGAACAAACCAGAAAUUCCUCAGCUUUGGAGAAAACUUACACCCAAAAACUGUCUUUGCAGAAUACAGGUGAUGGAUUAAAUUUGAAACCUGGACAAAUCAAUUUGACUGAAAGGGAUUUGGAACCUUAUUCCACAAUCGAGAAGGACAGAAGAAAGAUUGCUAGGAAUUCUGGAAAGUACGAAAAUGGUACUUUGGAACGUUUGAAUUUUUAUGAUAAUUUAAAUAAUUUAAACUCUGGCAGUAGUGAUAAGAAAAGUUUGGUGGACGAGUAUGAUUAUGAUGUUAUAAGUGGAGGUGCUGCUUUUGAUUUAGAAGGAAUUAUAAAUGAGAGUUUUGCCCAUCCUGCAAUAAGGUACAACGGUUCUGGUCUCGGCACCAACCUAAGUAGCAGCAAUUUGCUGCAGCAGUAUGGAAGUUCGACAUUACCCAACGUCAACCUGCUGCAUGGCACCAAUAGAUCGAAAAUUGAUCGAAGCAAUUCCAUUAUCGAGCAACGAAUCAACACACUUGUUGAUAGAGGAAUCGACGCCCUUGAACCAAGUCCGAUUCCUUCCCGGAGUACUCUGGCCACCGAUACGACCAGCGCCAGUUGUUCCGGAGCGAGUGGAAGUGCCAUCGACAGCUGUCCCCGUACAACAGCUGUCAGCAGCAGCUGCAACAGCAGCAAAAUUGGAGCUGCAGUCAGCAGCAGCGGCGACAGGGACAGUGUUUAUGGAGGAUCAACGUUGAGGCUUUGUCCUGAUAGGAGGAAACAGAGCGAUUACAUGACUUCGAGUGCAGCCAGUGAUUUCGAGAAAAAGCGCUAUAACCUAACCCAGCAACUUCUGACCCUUCUAUGCUGCAUAGCGGUGUCCCUGGCGCUUCCCAGCAGCCUGGGCCUGGCCAAAGAAGUUCGCACCAGAGGGCUGCCCUUUGCGGUUGCCUACUUCGUCCUUUUGUUCAUUGUAGGGUUGCCACUGUCUGUGGUAGCAUGUACUGUGGGGCAAUUUUGCGGAGAAGCUGCCGCUGGGAAAGCUCAUCGGGCAGUACCAUUGGUGAAAGGGGUGGUAAUAAUUCGAGCCCUGGCAUGUUGGAGCGGCGCCGCCUGCGUGUGUCUGCACGCCUCUUUGGCCCUGCUGCAAUUCGUGCUUUCUCUGUCCGGUCCCACACCAUACAGGCACUGCACAAUGCUCAGGAUGCGACACGAUUCUGGAUAUCAAGCAGUAGGAUUAACUGCGGAUGAAUGCAUAGAAAGGACGUUCUUGGCUGGUCCAAUAGACAACCCUUUAUGGUAUGGUGUCCUGGCGGCUAUUUCGGUGGUAACAUUUGGAUUUGUUAUGCUUGUAUCGAGAUCUGGACCAGCAAUAAGGCGGCUCCUGAUAAUUUCUUCACUGCCAUUGUUAGCAUUGAUGCUAGCUACUUUAGGAAUUGGAGCCUCUUUGACAAAUUUUGAACAAGAGAAAGCUGAGUCUGAUCCGAAUUUAUUUAUUCCAAUGCCAACAACAACUUCAAGUUACACGGCAGUACCUACUGAUGCCGACUUGAAAGCGCCGGAACUAGUCACUGAUUGGUGGAGCUUGCUGGAAGUGUCACUGUGGUUGGCAGCUGUUAACCAAUUACUUUUCGCCACUACCCUUGGCUUUGGGGUACUUCCAGCACUUUGCGGAAGAGCUUUACAUAAGGCGGAUGCUGUAAAAACCGCCGUAACAUUUAUAAUCUGUCUAUGCCUCUCUGGAGCCCUAUCAAUGGUUUGUGCGUUUGUACUGGCUGACUCUGAAUUUGGAGGCGGUUCUUUAGGUUCCAAUUGGGGUUCUCCUGCAGAAGCCUAUAAUUUAGCUCAGCAUGCUCCUUCACUGUAUGCAAAGGCUUUGUUGGGAGUUGCACAUGGAUGGUACGGUUUGGGGAGUUUAGUAACAAUGGCUCUCUUCUCUUUUUCCUUAUCCUGCACCCUAAGGCGCCCAAGUUCACUUUUGGGGAUUGUUCUUGGAGCAGCUUUGAUUAUAAGGUUAUGCGUGGCAGUACCACCUGGUGCUUGGCCUUCACUGGUUGGCGAAAGAUCGUUGGUGCCAACUUUGGCAGCAGUUGCAUUGUGUGUCGAAUCUUUGGCACUUUUGCUUGUAUAUGGUCCAAAACGUUUAUGGAGCGAUAUAGAGUUCUCAGUAGGUCGACCAGUUUCUAAAGUAUGGCACUGGACAGCCACGAUAUCCUGUCUGAUACUCUUAGGACUAUUUGCCUGGUAUUAUUCAAUGCCCAUCACAAAUUCAGAUUUUGAACUGGACAGGACAACAUCGUGGAUCACAGCUGCUUCUAGCAUGAUUCUAUUGCUGAUUGCAGCUGGUCACGAGGUUGCAAGACAAGUCGGAUAUAAUUUGUUAGAGAAAUUCCGAAGCGCCUGCAGGCCAUCUUUAGAAUGGGGUCCUGGUGAUCCAGUGGUCAGACAUUCGUGGAAAUUAUGGGGCGGAGCACCAGGUCGUGGAGGCGCUCCAGGAACUGAUGGCGAAAGAGAUUUUACACUCAGGCGCAAAGGUACGAGAGAUUAUACUCAUUCAGCUCGCAGGCAAGCCAGCAGGAAGGAAGCUGGAGGACCUCCAGGAGGUAAAAGAUAUCCAGUACCGGUCCUCUCGUAUGACAACUUCGGCGCGGACCUGGGCGAAUUUCUAACCGUGGGCGGUUACACCAAAUCUCAGAGUCAUCACGAUCAUAUCACCGAUAUCGAUUUUGUUCGGAAGCAAUCCGAUGAUAAUUUAAUGGCAGACAAUUCGGGAUCUUUGAAUAGAAACAGACACGAUAAUAAUUACGGAUCCACGGAUUGUUAUGAGAGGGCAGCGGGAAAUGCUGGACAGGAGGACAUCGAUGGGCUCAAGAGGGGCCCUUAUGUUCUUCCUGAUGUCGAUCAUAUUUGCUGGAGGAGAGAGGCUGAACAUAAUUUGAGAACGAAUUUGUAAAGGAAGAAAUGGAAAGGUUUUAUUUUUAGUUUUGAUUUUAAUACGGCAGAACUGGAUUUUUAGUAUAUAUGUGCCCAUAAUUAUGAAUGUGGUCUAAGUCAUAUAUUUUUUGUUUCAAGAUAUUUAUUGAAUUG